GAAGACAUGACGCAAAACGCGUAUACGUCGUUUGUCCCUCGUUAUUUCCCAUAGUUGUUUUGUGAACGGAGAUUAUCGGCAGAGCUAACAGCAGGUUACAAGUUUAAAGGUGAAGGAGACGAACCACAAUGUCCAGCAGUGUGCUGUGUGGUCGGAGCAGAUUAGUCUUAUCUAAAGCUGCUGGUCAUCAAGCUUUGGCUUCCCUCAGGGUCGCCAGAACCAGAACUUUCUCUGCUGCAAGCUCAGAUGAACCUUAUAUAGCUGUUUCACACACGGACUCAGGUCCAAGGACUGUGUGGCCUGAUGAGAACAUGGGACCGUUCGGACCUCAGGACCAGCGCUUCCAGUUACCGGGUAACGUUGGGUUUGACUGCCACCUGGAAGGUAUGGAGGACCAAAAGAGCACUCCGGUCCACAGGACGGUGCCGGAUGUCCUGACGGCUCCAAGCAGCUCAGAAAGACAGCAGUUCAUUCUGGCCCAGUUUGUCAAUGAGUUCCACGGAAAGCUGGGUCCUAUAUCCACGAGAGUCCACAAAGCCGAGCAGUACUUCAACCAGACCGACACAGACUGCUCUAUCAGCUCCUGCCCUGAGCUGUUAAAGAAAGAUCUGGAGCUGCUGUUUCCCACGGCGCCCACCUCCUCCAUCACAGUGGUGACGGUCACACAGAGCAGCAGUCGGUGGGAGGACGAGGCAGCCGAGCUGGAUAAAGACCAGCUGCUUCACAAGUUUGUGAGCGGCGCAAAGGAGAUGUGUUUUGCUCUGUGGACUGCAGGCUACUGGGCGGACUUCAUCGACCCAACGACAGGAGAAGCUUUCUUUGCGUCUCCAUCGAGUCAGACCUCGCUGCGAACCGACGAGCACCUCAGAGAUCUGGGUUUUCACAUCGAGGUGUCGGGCUCCUGCACAGUGAUCCGCCACGUUCUGAGGGGAACGCCUUUGUUUGUGGGGACUGUUUUCACCAACGCACCUACUCACAGCGCCGCUAUCGCAAGACUACAAGGACUAUCAAAUGCACUCGACGACGAGGACUAGGCUUUUAUUAUAUUAUAUAGAAUGAACUCCAAACAGAAGAGCUCUGUUUCUGCUCUGAAAAAGCUUGGAAGUCGAUCUGAUAGAGGUGGUGUGUGACGUUUGUCUUACUGUAACACAAAGCAGCCACGCAACACCGAGUGUUAUUGAGGACUUGAGGAGACGACCUGAGAGGGUCUCAUCCUGCACGAUCUCCAGGAAGAAGUACCCUCAGUAAAGUGGCACUUUCACAAUGUGAUGAAUCUUUAGAAAUGUUUAUUUUAGAGGGUGUUCUGUGUAUUUAUAAAAUGGUGCUGACUCGGAGGAGAGGAUCCAGAUUGAAAUAACACCUUAACAUUUUAGCUGGAAUGAUGUCAGGUCAGGAACUUUUCAUACCAACAUGUGCAAUUUUGUUUCUUUUCUCUAAUCUGUUGCACAGAACGUGAAGGAACAAUGAACACCGUUUCUUUCGAGGCACUGCACUGCAAAUAAAGUGACUUCUUAUCAAA